AUGGCCCCAAUACUAUUCACCCACCUCCCAACGCUCACAACAAACCUCCUCUCACCUCGCCAAGACAACAACCCCCCAACAGUAACAAUAAUCACCGGCACCAACGAUGACCCUCCCGUGACCGCAGACCCAGAUGAAACCACCACCCUCACCGGCGGGGCCAUCGCCGGGAUCGUAAUCGGCUCAAUCGUCGGUUUGCUUCUUCUCAUCUGGAUUAUUAGGUCGUGCACCAACUUGGGGGCUCCCCCGAACAAGCCUGCGGUGCCGGGGAAGCCGUGGUAUGGGGGUGUGAGGGAGGAAUAUCCGCCACGACAUACGUCCAGGAGCAGGUCGAGGCAUUCACACAGGGGACAUUCAAGGACGAGGACGGUUAGCAGGGAAAGAAGGGUGGGCAUGACGGAGGUGGAGCCGGUUUAUGUUAGGAGGGAGGGGUCGAGGAGUAUGGAGUCGGGGUGUGGACGGGGGGUAUGCGGUUUAUGGGAGGGAGGAGGUUAG